AUGGCUUCUUUUUUACCUUUUGACGACCGUCUUUGCGUAGCACGGACGUGCCACACUGGCGAUAUUUCGCCAGCUGUUUUUCACCCCAAGCAUCACGCUAUCUCCAGGAGUACGCGACGGAGUUCGCCACAUUCGCGCCCCAUUGUUCGCAAGCCACGUUCCGAUCGGGACUCUGAACACGAUUUUCUGUCACGCAUCGCCGCACCAAAGCGUGCGCCACACCCGCAUCGCAUCGACCUUGACAACGCAUACCCGUCUCCCCCGCUCACCGGUUCCGCGUCACGAUCUACUGUACCACUUCCUGAAGUAUUCGGAGACGCGUCGCCAGAUUUUUCCAUUCCCGCACGCCCCGUGGAGAGCGAGGUCCAGGACAAGUCACACGAGGUCAUGCCUGCCCACGAGCCGCUCUCUCCACCGCCUACGUUUCUUCUUGGUACGCUUGACCUUCCUCAGACUGACCCUACGGCGUGCUCCAAGCACGCCGAUCACAUUGACGCGCGACCUGGCUUGCUGGGCCAUGACGACCGUGACGAGGAAGAUUUUACUCAUGGCAAACCCGCGGGGUUCCUUUGGGCUAAUGAGCCACAGGAUGUGGCGAUGGACUCUAUGGAUCAUGGUUCGUCUUCAUCGCUUGGUUUGCUGUCUUCGAUGUCGUCUGCCAAUUCGUGGAGCUUCGAGGGUAGCCUUGACGAGCUGGCCGCGUUGAAUGAGGAAAGAGGCUCGGUCGUCACCCACGCCACACCGCUACGUAACGACUCGGGUUUUGAAGAGACAGAUCCUCCACAGAAGGGUGGCGAUGCUUAUUUUACAGGUUGCUCGAUGCUCGAGCCUGAAGGAUUUUGGACAUCGGAAUCGCCAGUCAGCUUGGAUCAUUCCUUGGCCAUAGAUUACUACACGCCAUACGCAAGAGGCGUCCAUCGCCGAUCGACACUGGAUCCCUUGUCGCCGAUCGGUUCGUCUGCAGUAGACAGCAGUCCCGGGAGUUGGGAUAGCAUGGACUGGAGCCCUACCAGUGAGGAUAUCUCUCCUCCCAUCUCUCCACCGCAAGAGUUGGGCCAUUUGGAACCUUCCUCCCAUUUGCAUGCUAAUCGUCUUCAGCUGGACAUCCAGCACUGGGAACCUAACGGAUUGUGGCGCGAUCAGCAUGAGCAUCAUGCCGGUAGUUCACACUACGCCCAGGAACCUAUGAGUAUAGACCAGGGUUCCCCACCGUCGUCACCGCGCCCGAUGGCGCUCCUUCUUCCCCACUCGGAAGACUCGGACACCUCAUUCGCCGACACGAUCAUGCCCCCCGACGACGAUGACGAUGAUUAUAGCUCUCCUGAAAGCAACGAGUAUGAAACUAUCCAUCCUCCAACGUUACCCUCACACAGCCAUUUCUCACCUCUUCCGAACUUCAACGACCCUUUUCAAGAUGAUUUGUAUGCGACACCUAUACCCAGUUCGCCCCACAGUCCCUCUACCGCUCUCCCUGAACUCGACGAUGACGACGACUAUUAUGUGCCGUCGUCACCGUCUUCACGGAGUCAAGCUCUCCCGGAGCUACCAGUGGAAGAAUAUGAGCCCUAUGCCAACCCGUAUGGCGAUUCGGAGACAAUAUCUCCCUCAUUACUUGGUGGCCCCACCAACAGUGAAGGUCUUGGCCUUUGUCUACAGCCAGUUUCCAUAGACCCACCGAUGGUGCGCUCGCCGUCCCCGGACGACGACGGGAUGCAGUUCCUCGAACCCCAGCUCGACCCCGCCACCACGAAACUCGAUCCAAGCGAGUUUCGCGCGCUGCGGGACGUGCGUCGGCGAGUGUCCGCCGCGGAGCGCGCCGCGCAGGAAGCAGAACUGACGCUCGGGGAGCGCGUGAGCGAGGCCGCCAGUGGGCUGUUGCCACCACUGCACUCCGAUCUCGGGGGCGUGAUGCAGGACGAGCUGGACCUGGCGGAGAAGCGCGCGCGGAAGCGCGAGCUGCAUUGUGCGAUGGAGCUGCGCGCGGAGGCGCGCCAGCGGCGCAAGUGCGAGCGGCAGCGCGGGAAGGAGAUUGGCGCGCUCCUUGCGCUCAAGAUGCCGGGGGACGUGGUGGUGCCCGGGAGUGGGAGCAUGCGGUGCAUCGCACAGCUGGUGGCGAACAUGGUGCUCCGGCGACGAGACGCGUUCCGGCCGCUGGCGAAUAGGAAGGCGCUGCCUAGGACGUACGUGCCUAGUGGGUUGCAGCAGUCUGUUUCCGCGGAGGAUUUGUUGGAUGGAAUGGAGGACGACUAG